UUGUGAAGACGCUUAAAACAUUCUUUGGGGAAUUAUAAGAAAUGAUGUGAUUCCAUGGUUUUUUAAGCAGUCGAAAAGUUUUCGACAUAAUACUUCACUUUCAAAUGAUUUUUUUAAUCUUUCUGUUAUUAAUUAAAAGCCGCCACACCAGAACUUUACCAGGCAACAUACGCAUCAAGUCAGCUACAUUAUUAUGAUCGAAGUUAUUGUAAACGAUCGUCUUGGAAAAAAAAUAAGAAUUAAAUGUAAUCAAGAUGAUACUGUUGGGGAUUUGAAAAAAUUAAUUGCUGCUCAAAUAGGAACGCGAGCAGAUAAAAUUCGCCUUCAAAAAUGGUAUAAUGUGUUAAAAGAUCACUUGUCGCUUGAUGAUUACGAAGUUCACGAUGGUAUGGGUUUGGAAUUAUACUAUAACUAGUUACCGAUAUUCCCUUUAUCGUCACAAAGGUAGAGACUAGUGGUUUUGUAUAUUAGUAUUAUUUAUCAAGUAAAAGUUUUUUAAAAAAAACCUAUUGCACUUUGGCAAAACAAAGGCAUCUAUAGUUUAAAAAUUCAAUGAAACACGUUAAGACCUAUUGGUGACUG